AGCUGGUUGUUGUUGCUCGUCUGGCCACUCGGAGGGAGCGAUGAUGAUUGACAAUAAUGGCGGCGGGUUUAUUCUGACUUGACUCCAGCAGGGGGGGUAGGGAGAGGAGAACAGAAGGCGGAGAACCAUCUCCGGGCCGACAAAGCCCACACCUUGAGGUGAAUCUUAUGCAUCCGCACGGUGCACUUGGGGCCCCCCAAAAGGAGCGAAAAUAAGACUUGGCUUGAGGGCUCGACGAAUGCAGCGCUUCUUUGCCAAAGAAGAGUCCAUCUUCUUCAGAAGGUAGCGGGGCUAGCUUUGCGGGGCUGUGCGGCUUCUGUUACGGACUUGCAUUCAAAAACUGCCCGCCGCCUUGUUGCCAGCUCGCACAGCUAGCUCGCUAACUCUCAAAAAGAUUGUUGGGGCCAAUUCCCCCCGCUCUUCGUUUCUUAAAUGACUACCGGUAGGAACAACCGAGCCAUGAUGGAAGGAGUCGGAGCGAGAGUGGUUCGGGGACCCGACUGGAAGUGGGGUAAGCAGGACGGCGGAGAGGGACAUGUCGGCACCGUCAGGAGUUUUGAAAGUCCCGAGGAGGUGGUGGUCGUCUGGGAUAACGGCACCGCUGCGAAUUACCGUUGCUCUGGAGCAUACGACGUGAGGAUAUUAGACAGUGCUCCCACGGGCAUCAAGCAUGACGGAACAAUGUGUGACACCUGCCGUCAGCAGCCCAUCAUUGGAAUUCGUUGGAAAUGUGCUGAGUGCACCAAUUAUGACCUCUGCACAACCUGUUACCAUGGCGACAAACAUCACCUGAGACACCGCUUCUACAGGAUCACCACCCCGGGCAGCGAAAGAGUUCUCCUAGAGUCGAGGCGCAAAUCAAAGAAAAUCACCGCCAGAGGCAUCUUCACCGGAGGCCGGGUAGUGCGAGGCGUGGACUGGCAGUGGGAAGAUCAGGAUGGAGGCAACGGAAGGCGAGGAAAGGUGACGGAGAUUCAAGACUGGAGCGCAGCCAGCCCUCAUAGUGCCGCCUACGUGCUUUGGGACAACGGGGCCAAGAACCUGUACCGUGUCGGUUUUGAGGGAAUGUCGGACCUGAAAUGUGUUCAGGACGCCAAAGGAGGGUCCUUUUACAGAGACCACUGUCCUGUGUUGGGUGAGCAGAAUGGCAACAGGAACCCCGGCGGUCUUCAGAUCGGGGACCUGGUCAACAUCGACUUGGACCUGGAGAUUGUCCAGUCGCUGCAGCACGGUCAUGGCGGCUGGACCGACGGCAUGUUCGAGACGCUCACCACCACCGGCACGGUGUGCGGCAUCGACGAAGAUCAUGAUAUUGUGGUGCAGUAUCCCAGCGGGAACAGGUGGACGUUCAAUCCCGCCGUACUAACAAAAGCCAACGUGGUGCGCAGCGGUGAAGUGGCCGCUGGAGCGGAGGGAGGCACCUCGCAAUUCCUUGUGGGGGACCUGGUUCAGAUUUGCUACGACAUCGACCGCAUCAAGCUGCUACAAAAAGGCCACGGGGAGUGGGCCGAGGCCAUGCUUCCUACCCUGGGGAAGGUGGGCCGCGUGCAGCAGAUCUACUCUGACAGUGACCUGAAGGUGGAGGUGUGCGGGACGUCGUGGACGUACAAUCCCGCCGCUGUCACCAAGAUUGCUCCCUCAGGCUCCGCCGUUAGCAACGCCUCCGGAGAGCGUCUCUCCCAGUUGCUGAAGAAACUGUUUGAGACACAGGAGUCGGGCGACAUCAACGAGGAACUGGUCAAGGCGGCAGCCAACGGAGAUCUGGCCAAGGUGGAAGACAUUUUGAAAAGACCCGAUGUUGACGUGAACGGGCAGUGCGCUGGACACACUGCGAUGCAAGCGGCCAGUCAGAACGGUCACGUGGACGUUCUCAAGCUCCUGCUCAAACACAGCGUUGAUCUCGAGGCAGAGGACAAAGAUGGGGAUCGGGCGGUGCACCAUGCGGCCUUCGGUGACGAGGGUUCAGUCAUCGAGGUACUGCAGCGGGGCGGCGCCGACUUGAACGCCAGAAACAAGCGCAGGCAGACGCCAUUGCACAUAGCUGUCAACAAGGGACACCUGCAGGUGGUCAAAACGUUGCUGGACUUUGGCUGCCACCCAAGCCUCCAGGAUUCUGAGGGCGACACACCCCUGCACGAUGCCAUCAGCAAGAAGCGAGACGACAUGCUGUCUGUGCUGCUGGAGGCCGGCGCCGACGUCACCAUCACCAACAACAACGGCUUCAACGCCUUGCACCACGCCGCUCUGCGAGGAAACCCCAGUGCGAUGCGCGUGUUGCUAUCCAAACUGCCCAGGCCGUGGAUCGUGGACGAGAAGAAGGACGACGGCUACACGGCGCUGCACCUGGCGGCCCUCAACAACCACGUGGAGGUGGCCGAGCUCUUAGUUCAUCAGGGCAACGCCAGCUUGGACAUCCAGAACGUCAACCAGCAAACAGCCUUACACCUGGCCGUUGAGCGACAGCACACCCAGAUUGUCAGGCUGCUGGUGCGAGCCGAGGCCAAGCUGGACGUGCAGGACAAGGACGGGGACACGCCGCUCCACGAAGCACUGCGACAUCACACGCUGUCCCAGUUGCGGCAACUCCAGGAUAUGCAGGACGUCAGCAAAGUGGAGCCCUGGGAGCCCUCCAAGAACACGUUAAUCAUGGGCUUAGGCACCCAAGGGGCGGAGAAGAAGAGCGCGGCGUCCAUCGCCUGCUUCCUGGCUGCCAACGGAGCCGACCUGACGGUGCGUAACAAGAAGGGCCAGUCGCCUCUGGACCUGUGUCCCGACCCCAGCCUCUGCAAGGCGCUGGCCAAAUGUCAUAAAGAGAAAAGCAGCGGCCAGGUGGGCACACGCAGCCCGUCUCUGAACAGCAACAUGGAGUCCUUGGACGAGUGCAUGGUGUGCUCGGACAUGAAGAGAGACACUCUUUUCGGGCCUUGCGGACACAUUGCCACGUGCUCCCUCUGCUCACCCCGUGUCAAGAAGUGUCUCAUCUGCAAAGAUCAGGUCCAGUCACGCUCUAAGAUUGAGGAGUGCGUGGUGUGCUCGGACAAAAAGGCGGCUGUCUUGUUCCAGCCCUGCGGCCACAUGUGCGCUUGUGAGAACUGUGCCAGCCUCAUGAAGAAGUGCGUACAGUGUCGCGCUGUGGUGGAGCGCCGUACCCCCUUUGUGCUUUGUUGUGGGGGGAAAGGUAUGGAGGAGGAUGAUGAUGAUGAUGAUGCCGCAGAUGAUGAUGUGGAUGAUGAUGAUGAUGAUGACAUUACAGGGAGCUCUAACUCUAUGGCAGGGGGAUCGCAGGAUCUUCUCCAGCCCAACAAUCUGGCACUAAGUUGGUCGAGCGGCAACAUCCCCGCCCUACAGCGGGACAAGGAUAACACCAACGUCAACGCGGACGUUCAGAAGCUCCAGCAGCAACUGCAGGACAUCAAGGAACAGACCAUGUGCCCCGUGUGUCUGGACCGGCUCAAGAACAUGAUCUUCAUGUGCGGCCACGGUACCUGCCAGCUGUGCGGCGACCGCAUGAGCGAGUGCCCCAUCUGCCGCAAGGCCAUCGAGCGCCGCAUCCUCCUCUAUUAGGCUCUCUGGCGUCAGACUACCCUCCAGCCACCCACCCACCCACGCCCGCGAACGCACCACCAGCCACAAAAGCGUAUCCCCUCACCAGGCUUACUCUGUUACAUAACAUGGAGACAUUUUUGAACGGAUAUCCUCAUUAUUCUGCCUUUUGGACCUCUUCAAGUUGAAAGGCACGUUUUGAAUCGCGCCCGGGGAAGGACGGCGUACGAGCGCAUGACUCUCGUUUGGUGUCAAGUGUUGCACCCCCCAGAAAAGCCACGUUUGAUCCCUAUUAUUAUGCAGGAAGAACCCUGCGUGGAUUUUGAGUCGUUUGCUUUGGCAACUUUCAUUUCAUGGUUCUAUGAGUAUUUUUUUUUAUAGGAGGAAGAGAACCCGGGCGGUUCUGAAACGGCAACGUGAGCGGUCAGCCUUCAGUUCUGUGAGGAGGACGCAGGUAGAAUGACACCUUGUUGACUAGACAUCCAAACAUUGAUUUGACACUUUGAUGCCAUUUGCUUCCAAAACACAAGUGGUCUAGGGAGGCUGUGGGGGGGCGGCAUAAGGUGCUCUUUGUGUUGUAUGAUUUUGAUGUAAGUAUGAAUUUCAGCUCCAAAAGUCAGCAUUUAAUGAAAUAGAGAACAAUCUAAUAGAACUCAUAGGUGAGACUGUAGAUAAAUUAUUUUGUAUUGCUGCCCAAAAAGAAAAAUAGGAUUUGUAGGUGUCACUGCCUUUCUAAUAUGUAGCCUCAAAUAUUUUUUUUUUUUUUGCAUCAGGCAUACUGACAUCUUUAUAUGUUCUUUCUUGAAAGUGGAGGGGAAUGCCAUUUUUCACUGUUUCUAGUGCAGUGGUUCUUAACCUGGGUUCCAUCAAACCCUUAGGGGUUCAGUGAGUCGGUCUCAGGGGUUCGGCAGCGCCUCCAUUGGGGUGGUCCGACCACCUGAUUUAUCGUGUAAAUUCGUGAUAAUGAAUAUCUGAACUUGUCUCGCAGAGGCGCACUGAUUUACUGACUGUAAUUUGUUGAGUUCAUGCAUUGUGAUCAUGCUCGGCUCAUUUUGUGCACCAGUAAAAAAACAUUCAUGUCUUGAAUUUGAAAAAAUAUAUAUAUUUUCUUUUCACUAAAGAGAAUGAAACUGGUGGGGUUGGGUACCUCCAACAAGGUUAAGAACCACUGUUCUAGUGUCUUCUCAUCAGCGUUUUAUCUUUAGCUGGAAACGGAUGAGUUUUGCCUUCAAUGACAAGGCGACGGCAAACAGACAAACAAGCAUCACUUUUUAUUUUCCUGUUUUUUCACUGAUGAUGCCAAACUAUGCUAGUUUUGUCUUAUGUUGUCUAAAAAGCCAAUUUUCUGUCGGAAACGUCUCGGUCGCAUCUCCUUGGGCAUGAAUGUUUGACAUAUGCAGUACGGCGUGUAUCAUGAAAAAUACUCCUUGGUCUGUAUGGCAAACAAGUGCUUUUAAAAAAAAAAAAAACACAUAGAUGAAAUAAAAAUCGCCAAUGAUGA